GACUUGUACUUCCGGGACACGUCUGGGUUUGCUUUGCAGCUUCGCGGAGUGGUGUAUUGGAGUUCAAGACAGAGCUGAUUUCUACAUUUUAAAGUAUUUUUAACUGUAACUGUUUGGAAGCAGAAUGGAGACUCUUUAUGGUCUUCCGUUUACUGUACUGGAGUGUCCGAAUAUAAAACUAAAAAAGCCUUCAUGGCUGCAUAUGCCUUCAGCAAUGACUGUCUAUGCAUUAGUAAUUGUUUCGUACUUUCUUAUCACGGGAGGCAUAAUCUAUGAUGUCAUUGUCGAACCUCCCAGUGUAGGAUCCAUGACAGAUGAACAUGGCCAUCAGAGGCCAGUAGCCUUUCUGGCGUACAGAGUUAACGGGCAGUAUAUCAUGGAAGGUUUAGCUUCCAGUUUUCUGUUCACCAUGGGAGGUCUGGGCUUUAUUAUCCUGGAUCGUUCCAAUGCUCCAAACAUUCCAAAACUCAACCGAUUCCUGCUGCUCUUCAUUGGAUUCGUUAGUGUCCUGCUCAGCUUCUUCAUGGCAAGAGUUUUCAUGAGAAUGAAACUUCCUGGAUACCUUAUGGGGUAAAGAUGCACCGGGUUAAAGGAUCGGGAGUGAGUCUGUUGCAAGGAUUUGAAUCAUCAUAAAGACAUUGGUGCAAAGUGCAAAAUCCCUGAAAGAGAGGCGAAGGACUACCUGACCAACCUGUUGGGAACACUGCAUUUAAUUCGAAGCGGUCUGAUCAAACUUGAUUUAAGCUAUAUUUUUGGUAAUUGUCAAUACACUAAAUGCCCUUGUAAUGUUAAUUGUUGCAAUGUGCCAAUAAAUAAUCAGGUGGCAUUUUGUAAUGAGUUAAAAGUCCCACACUUUUGAAGUUUAGAAGAAUACAAUAAAGUAGCACAAAAUAAGUUUGUAAAUGCAUUAUUUCACGUUAUAAAUUAACUAGGCUGUUUAUGUUAAGUGAAACUCUUAAGGACAAUGGGUUUAAUUUCCUACCACAAUCAUGUUCAAGCUAAAAUAAGUAUAAUUGCAGUGGAGCUUGGCACAUUGUUUGUAAUAUUCUUUGUUUUCUUAAAGAAUGCAAUGAAAUCCUUUAGGUAAAGGUCUCACUCGGUCUCCUGAGAUGUCUACUGUGGUGUUCAGAUUGUUUUGCUAUUGUAAAUUUGUUUUCUAAAAAGAAACAAAUAAAUGUUUGUACUUUA